AUGGAGUUUGAAUCUGCAGACCCAAGCUUCUCGGUCAGUUGGCUGCUCGGCCUACAGCCUUAUCAGCAUAAAUCCACAAGCCCGUCCUGGGCGAAGCAGUACCAAACAGAUGACCCCCAUUUUCUCGUGAGCCGUCUUCUUGGCCUCAUUCCCAGUCGCAAACCCCGCCGAUCCAGAAAGCGGCGCAAUCGCUCCAAGACUGUAAAUCAAUCCGCGGAGCCCACUCCAGAGGAAAGUGAGGAAAGUGACGACGAAGAUGUGGACGCCUUUGGCAUUGGAAAAUUGUUUGGCGAUGUUCCAUACGAUACUGCCGAUGAAAGCGAGUCCGAAUCGGAGGACAAGCCCGCAGAGGAGGAGACAGAACCUCCUAUCUUGGCAGAGCCAGGUUUCCUGGACCUCUGCAGACAGAUGGAGGAGCUCCUCGAAGAGAUUGAGAAAUCACAGCAACAAGAACUAGACGACGCCGACAACGAAUCCAUAGACGGCCUCGACCCCGAGCAGUGCGAAGAUGAGUCGCCUUCACGACUUGAGUGGUUGCGACAGAAGGAGGUGGAAAAGGCCGAAAACAAGUAUCUCGACCGACUUAUGUCCUUGCCCGGCCUCGAAGAUACCAAAGCCUUCUUCCUGCACGCAAAGGCCAAGGUCCAGGCCUCACAGAGGCGCGAAACCGACUUCAAGAAGGAGAACUUUGAUGCUGUCUUCAUGGGCAACGAAGGAACCGGCAAGACGAUGCUCGCCCGCCUCUAUGCCAAGUUCCUUGCUUCUCUUGGUGUUGUCAAGAAGGCAGGGUCAAUCACUGGCAUCAACCGAUUCUCCGCCUACAGCAUGUCCAAGACGUCAACUCUCAGCACCAUUCACAGCACAUGCAAUGCGUGCGGCGGCUGUAUUGCCAUCAUUGACCACGCUCAUCUCAUGGAUAAUGAUGACUGCAACCUGUGGAACUUCUACGUUAGGUCACAAGAUCUCCCUGGAAAGGUCGUCAUUAUCCUCGCUGGCAACGGACAAUGGGGACUGUCGGACCAGCUGGGCUACAGUGCUGAGGUCUCAAAUCACUUCCCUGUGCUGAAGCUGCCAAACUACACCCAGGAAGAACUCCAGGUCGUCUUCCACGGAAUGAUGCGCAAGUGGUUCAAGAACAAGAUGGAGGUCGAAGGAGGAUACGACGGCCUCUUUGUCAAGAUUCUGAUCCGCAGAAUCACCCAAGGCAUGAAUGAGAAGACAUUUGGCAACAUUUGGCCUGUCAGAAAGGCAUUCCUCGAAGCUUGCAGACGGCAGGUUGAACGCUUCCGCCAAGCUAGAAGGGACGGAAACUACCUGGAAGACUUCAAGAUGACCAAAGAAGACCUUCUCGGUAACAAGCCUUCACUUGGUCCCGACAAGAGUCCUGCCUGGAAGGAGCUGCAGGAGCUUGUCGGACUGGAUACCGUCAAGGAGGCCAUCCUUUCGGUGGUGAGUCAGGUCAACCAGAACUACAUUCGGGAGAUGCGAGGUGAUGAUCCUUUGUUUGUCUCACCAAAUCGAGUGUUCUUGGGUGCUCCUGGCACCGGAAAGACAACAGUCGCAAAGCUCUAUGGUAGGCUCUUGGCAGAUUUCGGUCUCCUCUCAAAGGGAGAUGUCAUUGUCAAGAGUCCAACUGACCUUCUGGAUCGCUAUAUCGGAGGAUCCGAAAACAACACUAAAGAGGCAUUGCGUGAGGCCAAGGGCAAUGUUCUGAUCAUUGACGAUGCCCAUAUGCUCGACCCCGGUACGAGCAGCAGUGGUACAACCAAGAACGGCGACUUCCGGGGUGCCAUCAUCGACACCAUCGUCGCCGAGGUGUCUGGAGCUCCUGGAGAGGAUCGAUGUGUCAUUCUCUGUGGAUACCCGGAGCAGAUGAAGGAGAUGUACGCCAACGCUAACCCCGGCCUGGCACGAAGAUUCCCUCUGGACACAGCGUUCGAGUUUGAGAACUUUAGCGAGGAGACCCUUGGCAAGAUCUUGGAUCUGAAGAUGACCAAGGAAAAGCUUGUGGCCACAGACAAGGCUCGCGAGGUUGCUAUGGAGGUUCUGAAACGGGCCUCUGUGCGACCCAACUUUGGUAACGGUGGUGAGGUGGAUAACCUCCUCUCCAAGGCCAUCUUGGCUCGUCUACGCCGCGUAGCCAAGGAGAAGCCGGAGGAGGACGACCUGGACGCCCUUCCCCUCGAGCCUCAGGAUUUCGAUGCCGACUAUGACCGUCUGUCACAAGCAGUCUCUAAUACCAGGGCCCUCUUCGACGGCUUUGUCGGUUUCGAGGAGAUCAUCUCCAAAUUCGAGUCAUACCAGUACAUGGUUCAGGGCAUGCGACUGCGCAAGGUUGAUCCACGGCCCUACGUGCCCUUCACGUACGUCUUCAAGGGACCACCAGGUACUGGUAAGACAACGACGGCGCGAAAGCUGGGCCAAAUCUUCUAUGAUAUGGGCCUGCUUUCAGCCCCCGACGUUGUAGAUGUCUCGGCUUCACAGCUCAUCGGCGAGUACUGCGGACAGACAGGACCCAAGACUCGCCGUCUUCUCGAGUCGGCUCUGGGCAAGGUGCUCUUUAUUGACGAGGCGUACCGACUGGCAGGUAGCCGUGGAUCCUUCGCCGAGGAGGCCGUGAGCGAGUUGGUGGACGCCGUGACGAAGCCGCAGUUUGCCCGCAAGCUGAUCAUCGUCCUGGCCGGAUACGAGGAGGACAUGGAUCGUCUCCUUCGCAGCAACCAGGGCAUCAAGAGUCGAUUCGCAACUGAGCUCACCUUCCGACCUCUUCGAGCCGAGCAGUGCAUUGAGCAGCUUCGCGCGGUUGUUGGAAAGGUUGGCAUCACGAUCCAGCAGACACCAGAGAUGGAUACCAUCACACGGACAUCUCUGUUCUCUCUCCUUCAGCGUCUCAGUAAUGACAAGGGCUGGGCUAGCGGCCGCAGUGUCGAGACUCUGGGAGAGCGGCUGAUUGGGCACAUCUUCAAGGAAUGCGCAAUGAAGGGUUACACUGGCAAGGAACUGAGCGUCUCUGGACGGGAGCUGGUGACGAUCCUGGGGCAGACAUCAGGCGUACCGUACGCGGGCGUCAAGAUGAGAGGCGGGCAGAUCCCGAUGGGAGCCAAGGUGAUGACGCUGAAAGACCUAGAGAAAUCUGAUUAA